AUGACGCCCAAAGAGUGGUUCGCUUUGCUCCUGUUUUAUGCCGCGUACCUGUUCAUGGGCGCCAGCGUGUUCUAUCAUGUCGAAAACGACCUGGAGACGGAGCGCCGGGCUGAAGAGCUAGCAGAACGGAUCGAAAUUAAUGAAAUGCUCGUAAAAUAUUUGUCACCGGAAGAUGUGUUAUUGCAACGUAAGCUGAUUGGCCGUUUGGACGAGUACUGUGGAAGCAAGGUGACAAAUUAUACCGAAGACGAAUAUGAGCCACCUUACGUUUGGGAUUUUUACCAUUCGUUCUACUUUGCCUUCAUUAUCUGUUCAACGGUUGGCUACGGAAACAUCUCGCCGCACAAUACGUUCGGAAGAAUAUUUUUAAUCUUUUACGCACUGAUCGGUCUGCCAGUCAACGGGUUCUUUUUCGCGUACGUUGGCGAGUUUUGGGCACGUGGAUUUGUCCGGUUAUACCGACGCUACAAGGCGUAUAAAUUAUCUGCCAACGCACGGUACGCUCCACGUCGGAUCAGCUUUAUUGGACAGAUUGUGCUGUACCUCAUACCCGGCGUGAUCGUGUUCAUUUUCGCGCCGGCCUGCGUAUUUACGUACUUCGAGAAGUGGCCGUACGACGUGUCGGUGUACUAUGCGUUCGUUACGCUUACGACGAUCGGAUUCGGUGACUAUGCGGCUUCGUUUCAAUCGUCGCAGGAGCACGAGUUCGGGUCGCUAUUCACCGUCUACAAGAUAUUCAUCAUAUUUUGGUUCUUCGCCGGAAUCGGUUACAUUUUUAUGAUUUUGGGGUUUAUUGCCAAAGGCAUAUCGCACAAAAAGAUUCAAGACCUGGAAAAGCUGGUUGCUUCCAACCUGAAGGAAACGCAGCAUCGUGUGUGGAACGGAGUUACCAAAGACAUUAGUUACCUGCGCAAGAUUCUGAACGAGGUGUACAUGCUCAAGUUUAAGCCCGUGUAUGAGGAACCUUCGGACCGGUGGUUGAGUCUCUCGAAAAGCAGAUCGAGCUCCUGUCCCGAGCUGUCGAUGUACCGCUCGACAGAGUUGCCCAUCACUCGACGCAAGCGUGCCAACUCGGAAAGUGUUCUGGUGCUGUCGGAACCGAUACCCAUCGAUGGUGGUUCGCUGGUGCGUCGCCUAUCCGAUACCGAUCUGCACCGUAUCAAUCGCGAGAAAACGUUCGGUGUGCAGGCGCUCGUGCAACCGGCCGAACUGCUUGCCCGUGUUGUAACGGCACUGGGCAACAUAACGGCCAAUCCCGACGAUAAUCAGAGCUUCCUCGAGCGGGCCUCACUCAAUGCUGGUGUGAACUGUUUUUCGGACUCGCAAAUUUUAGCGAGCGAACGAACCUGGUCCGGCUGGUCGAUGAGCGGAUCGGACAAGAGCGCCUACUUGACGGCACCUCCGAUGCGUCCUCGGGCCGCCUCCGAUAUUGGACUGCCGCCGCAUGUUACAUCGCAGGAUGCAAACGAGUGGACUUGGAGCGGUGGAGACAACACCCAGAUACAGCAGAUAUUGCAGAUCCGGCAGAAAGUGAAGCAGAAAGAUAAUCUCUUGCGGGCGGCUUUAUCUAACAACGCAACGUUUGACUCCAGCCUAACGAUCAACGUUCCUCCAACCGGUCCGGAAGUUAAAGCUUCGGCCGUAAACCGUGGUAUGCUGCAACGGCUAAAUCCAUUCCGCAAGCGUUCUAAGACACCCGUUCCGGACCUCGAAGCUGGUCCCCCGCUCGACUCGUACCUAUCGGCUACCAGCAAGGGUCGCAGUUCUAUGUUCAAUCUGCCCACCUCAUCCUACCUGAUGGCAACGUCGCGAGGACGGGGUAGUAUUCUGUCGAUGCCACCGCAGGAUGAGCAUCUGCUCGAAACGACUACCAUAGGCGAUCUGUUGCGUGCCCUGGAGCGGAUGCACACGGACACAGUAACGGCCGGGGAUCAUCGCGGAAGCUUUGCGGAGAAAAACGAUUCCCUUGACCGAAGCCGCAAUCUGCCGUCGUCGUUUGUGGGGCAGAGCAAUUUACCGUCGCUGUUAACACUGUUCACACCACCGAUUGAGGUUGGGUCGCGGCGUGGAUCAAUGAAACCACCGCUCGCACGUACGGGAAGUUCCGAUUCUGCACCGAUCAAUCGACGACCGUCGUUCCGUCCAACAAACCCACCGUCCUACUCGGCGACGGUAUCUGGAUCGCCCGGUGGAGGCGGUAGUCCGACGCUCAGUGUUAUCAGCCCAUCGCCGAAGCCCAUCCGACGGCGGUUCAGCGUGCGUCCGUCGAAUCUCGCCUAUCCACCGGGUCACUGCCCUCGGCCGCUUCUGGGUACGGCCGAACAGCAAGGUGCAUCGCACAUCAGCUCUUCGUCCCAAUCGUUGCACAAUCUGCCUACGACAACGCUGCAGCGAAGGCUCUCGUCUCGACCGAGCCCGUUAGCUACGAAUCAAUCAUCCCACUUAACCGUACCGACGGCAGUGCCAAGUUCCGGCGGUAUGGGUGCUUCCGGGAACGGUCCGGGACAGUUCCGGUGGAGACCGAACCUAAUGCGUUCCGAUUCGGAUCAAUCGGCAGCACCGGCCGGGCUACCAGGUGCGAACAGUGCACGCAAUCGUCACAGUAGUUUAUCGAAUCUGUUCGAUCAGAAGCGUUAG